AAGAGGAACAACUCCACGUUGUUUUUAUUGUCUCUACAUCUCCAAUAAACAGGUGUCCUUUGUGCUACUGAAACAUCAGCAAAAAUGGAAAGGUACAAGGUAAUUAAGGAAGUUGGUAAUGGUACAUUUGGGAGUGUGUGGCGAGCUUUAAAUAAACAGUCUGGUGAAGUGGUUGCAAUUAAGAAAAUGAAGAAGAAGUAUUAUUCAUGGGAAGAAUGCAUCAACUUGAGAGAAGUCAAGUCAUUGAGGAAAAUGAGCCAUCCAAAUAUCGUUAAGCUUAAGGAAGUGAUUAGGGAGAAUGACAUAUUAUACUUUGUGUUCGAAUACAUGGAGUGCAACUUAUAUCACCUUAUGAAGGAUAGGCCUAAGCUUUUCUUAGAAUCAGAAGUGAGAAAUUGGUGCUUUCAAAUAUUUCAAGGUCUUGCAAACAUGCAUCAACGUGGAUAUUUCCAUCGUGACCUUAAGCCAGAGAACUUGCUGGUUUCAAAAGAUACAAUAAAAAUUGCUGAUUUCGGUCUUGCUCGGGAGAUCAAUUCUAAGCCCCCAUAUACAGAAUAUGUCUCAACACGCUGGUAUCGUGCCCCUGAAGUUCUUCUACAAUCACCAAUAUAUGGUCCCGCUGUCGAUAUGUGGGCAAUGGGUGCAAUAAUGGCUGAGCUAUUAACUCUUCGUCCUCUAUUCCCUGGUUCAAGUGAAGCAGAUGAGAUUUACAAAAUAUGCAGUGUUAUAGGUACUCCAUCAAAGAGUGAAUGGGCUCAUGGGAACGAACUUGCUGGUGCUAUCAAUUAUCAGUUUCCACAGAUACCUGGUGUAAAUCUGUCUGUGUUACUCCCAUCUGCCAGUGAGGAUGCAAUUAAUCUAAUCACUUCACUUUGUUCGUGGGAUCCUUGCAAGAGGCCAACAGCGGUCGAAGUUCUUCAGCACCGUUUCUUUCAGAGUUGCUUUUAUGUACCUCCAUCAUUGCGCUCUAAGACUGCUGUUGCUAGGACGCCUCCAUCUGCUGGAAUGAAGGGUUCCUCAGAGCAAAAAACCAACAGGUGGUCUUCCAGUACUUUAACCAACCCAAAACCUAGUAGCAACUUCUCUCCCAUCAAGUCGCAAUUUAGCCCAGCAGGUGUCCAGAGGAAGUUGCAAAUGAAUUAUCAGGAUGCAACUAGGAAUGAUAAACCCCUGAAAGGAUCUUCUAUUAAACAACAACCAGCAAAAUAUCGUCCUCCUGCAAGGAAUGUCCCUUUGGUUGGUUCUACAGCGAAAUCUCGUGUCUCUGAUGCUUCUGAGAAACUUGCCAACAUGACCAUUGGCUCUGGUAGAGCAUCUAUAAAGCAGCCAUUCCCUCAACCCAUGAAGGCUGGAGGGUUACAUGGGCAGCAUGACUUGUUCUUGGGACGAUCUCAAGAUAUUCUGCCUGGAAGAAGCUAUUCAAGGAAAGUCGCUGGAUAAAUAAAUGUCGUAUCUGGAGUAUGUUGGCUUGUUAUGUUUUUCUACUAAUAUUGUUGUGUGCCUGUUUGGUGAGUAACGGUUGUGUACGCUGUCAGUCUGUUUCCUUUCGGUUACACAGUACUUGUUAAGUAAAUGUUGUGGUUGUGUUUGAAAUAGCCGACUAGUAUUUGCUAUAAAUAAAUGGUGUGAUGGUGUUUGGAAUAGUC